GUUUUACUUCCGCUGAUGUGUCAAUCAAGGUCUUUAAACGACCCAUUUCAUACGAUUGAAUAUGCAAGAGUAGGUGACUUUAAAGUGUAAAGCUGGAAAAUUAAAGAAGACAAGGAAAGUAGCCAUGCCUGGUCUACUUCUUAAACUCUUGCUACUUCUGUUGUACCUGAUAUUGCUGUUCGUAGUAUUCCGACUCUGCGAACUAGCUGUGUGGUAUGAAGCAGGGUUUGUGGCAAGCCAACUCGUCGACCCUGUGUCACUCAGCGUUCGCAAGCUAAAGAACCUACUGGAUGCAAGGGGUGUUAACUAUGAGGGUAUGGUGGAGAAAAAAGAGCUCUCCCAAUUAGUUGACCAAUCAGGCGAUGUUCUUGAUGGAGAACUGAUGAUGGCAGAAGAAGAGGAAGAUGAAGAAUCAGAAGAUGAUUCUACUUUGUUUAGUUCCAGAGGACACUUCUAUGAAGAAGUGGAAGAUAAGAAGGACAGUGUAUGGCUCAUUCAGGUUAAACCUCUAGGUCAUCACAGUUUACUGUAUCCAGCGUCAUGGAAAGCCAUUAAAAAAAAGGUGUCUCAUUUUGGAAUACGUACUGGAACUUUUGACUGUAAUUCAGAUUCAAGUUUCUGUUCAAUGAAACAGUGGAUUAAGCCAAGCAUCCUUCUGGCAAUGCCGCAGGGAGAAACGUACAAAGACCAUGUUACGAUGUUUCAUUACUAUAAACCGGGCCAGCCCGCAUACAUACUGGACUGGAUAAACAACCAUCUAAAGACAAAAAUUACAAUACUAUCCAAUCAAGAUGCUGCACAGGAAUGGAUGGAAACGGCAAAAAGCCGUCCAAAUCACUUUCCCAUACGUGUCGCAUAUUAUUCGAACAUUGACCAACUACCGCUGUUUUACUCCUUACUCAGUGUAAAAUUCACAGGAAGAAUAAAGUUUGCGUUCAUAUCGACCGAUCCAAUGGAAUUUUCCACAACAAAAAGGUCUCAGAAAGAUAUUUUGAAAGUCCCGUCUAUAUUAAUUACAACACCAGAAGAUACCUUACAUUAUAGUAAACGCCCGGGCGAAUAUUUAUCAUAUGCAAGACUUGUGCUUUACUUGAAAACAUUAUCUCCCGAAGUUAAUGAUGUGUUUAUUUUGAGUUUAUUGUUUGUGAAUGUACUCUGUGUUUUUGAAUUCUUUGUAACGCAGGGUGGGAUUUUGAAACGAUCUUUUUACUUAACAUGGACAAUUGGAAAAUCAAAUGUUAGUUUUCUAGCAUUUUGGUUACCGUUUCUUGGAAUGUUGCAACUAUCAGUACUUGAACCCUUUUGGAAUUUUGCCAAUAAAAUCCUUCGCAAGUUCCUAAUAUCGAAUAUAAUGUGUUAUAUACGCAGCGAUGUUCUUGUUUACUCCAACAACACCAAAUUUCUCUUGUUAACAUUCCUGACAUAUUGCUGCAUUAUCGGUUUAAUUGAAAAAUAUCGUAAGAGGACAACAACAGUCCAACAGGAAUCAAAUACUGCAUGGCUACGUGGAGUUCUCCGGCAUUACUACAUGUUCCUUAUUAGGCCUUCAUCAAAUUUAUACCGCCCUCGACUAAACAGAGCGCAUAUGGAGGAAGGCUUGGAUUUGCUGAUUGAUCGUCUUGCUGUACCAGAUUUCUGGCUACAUCCAGUAAUUCCAACAGAUUAUAUUUCAAAUCUUCAAACAUGGAAAUACUGCAGUUCAAAAGAAAAGGAUUAUGAACAAUCAUUUGAUAAGCUAUGUGGGUCAUGUGAUUCUCAAGAACAAGUGAAUGCCGAGUGUUCUUGUGUUGAAACUUCAAAAAAAUCAUCUGGUGAUGAUUCACUUGCUCUUUGUGAUGUUCCCGACUCAGGAGUUCAAGAUGAAGAUCUGCUGCCCUCAAUGAGAGUCAGUGAAAUACAGCAGGUGGAUGAUGUAGAUCAGCAGCUGAAUGCAGAUACUUGUGAAACGAUAAAUUCUCAAGAAGGCCAUGAUUUUCAAUCUAAUGCGGCCAACAAGGAAAACGAAUUACCCAAUAACCUUGUGUCCACAGAUUGCGCCAUAUGUCUCGAGGUUUAUUGCCACGGGGUGGUUAUUUGCGGGUUGCCAUGUGGCCAUUCAUAUCACCAUGGUUGCAUUGUAACAUGGCUGAGAGGUGGCAACCAUCGCUGCCCCACCUGUCGAUGGCCAGCUUAUAAAGCUAAAGGUUGCAAGUUAUUGAAAUACCAAGAAUAGAUGUGUAUUUUGUGAGAGGUCAUCAAAAAAUUAUAUUCCAACUACAGUAAUUUUGAAUUUGUUCAUGGGAUUAAUAUGUCUCAUGUAAUUAUUAAAUAAUAUAAAAUGAUGAUACAAAAUUUAACAUGAUUUUAAACAGCAGAAUGUUUUAAAAACAUACACCAUAUUAUAUACCUAAACUAUACUGAGAAAGGCAAAAGGUGUGAAAAUGAAAAAAUGUUUAGUUUAGAAAUGUUAUGCAUUUUUGUUUUAUUCUUGGUGAUUCUUUUGGGUUAGCAAGCCUAUGCAAUUUCAGCAUAUAAAAACAGAAUUGAGAUUGUACUUAUGUGUGGAUGUAAACAAACACCAGUAAAGUUUAUAAAUUAUCCAUCAGCUAUUUUUUUUAAAAUUAAUUUUAUAUUUAAUUUUAUUAUAGAGAACAGAUGGUAUUUACAGUUUAUAUUAAACUUUAUUUUAUCCAAACAUUGUUGAAAAUCAUGAACAGCUUAAUAAGAGCAUCAAAUAAUAAAUUGCAGAAAAAUAAAAAUU